GUUACUUAUCCCACGUUUGUUCCUAUCUCUUUCUCUUUUCUACUAUUUCAGCACCGUCGGGCUUGGCUUAAUGGCUUUGACAAAGCAGAUAGCCACGGCGGCAGUCUUAGCCUUGCUCUCGUUUCCAGGCAUUAACGCGGGACUAUGCAAGCCACAGUCCUCGACCACGCUUCUUACCACUACCGCCGCAACACAAACUUCAAGUUGGAGCUUCGUUAGAACUACCGUCAUCUUGUCAACCACGUCAGGUACCCUCGAGUCUACUACAACAACCAUGGCAGAGUUGACAAGCACCGAGAUUGGAAGCAUUUCUUCUGACUCGAGUGCUUCUGCCACCAUCAGGGAAACAACUACAACCGGAUCUACUGGAAGUAAUACUGCCGAGUCCAGUACUUCUCCCACGAGCAUCACCCCCCCGCCGCCAGUAUGCGCGCCUCCAGGCGGCACCUGCACUAUUGACAACUUCAUUCAGGCGUGCUGCCACGCCCCUGACGGUUCUGUCGGCUGUUACUUCCCGACUGGUGACCCUCAAAAUGGAGUUUGCUUUGUUUAGUGCUUUAGAGAUCGGGAACUAUUAGGGUUCCUACUUAAAUAUUCUAGUCAGGAAUCGGGUCUAUUUUCCUUGGAAGAUGAUCCCUAGUUUCAGGAGAUGGUUAUUUGAAGUUAUAACUUUAAUAAAGCUAGUCUAAGUGCAGGACUUAAAACCCUUGAGAAAGGCCUUUCUCCUUGGAUUAUUGCUUCCGAUAACCAAGGAGUCCAAUCCUGUGCCCAUGAUUUCUUGGUAAUCUCAUAGUUAUGAAAGAAUAAAUAGAAUCAUAAGUUUAUAACAAGAUAAAGGCUUUUAAGGUAGAAGGGCUUAAAAGAGGUAUAAUCUUAUAUAAGCU